AUGAUUAACAUAAUCUCUUUAAUAAGGAAACUCUAAAUAAAAAUUGAUAAUUCCUCUAAUGUAGAGCAGCAAUAACAAAUUGUAAAGAAAGUAUUUAUAAUAAAUCUCUAGAGUAUGAUGAUAAUUAUGGAUUGUAAUAUAAUAGAUUGGCAUGUAUUCCAUUUGUAAUGAUGGAAUUGUAAUAGAAAAAAGAAGUAUAUGAGGACUAAAGCAACAUCUAGUUUGAUGAAUGCUAUAAAUGCUAAUAAAGUUGCUUAUUGGAAGGCUUAAACUUUGUUGAAAAUAAAUGUUAUUAAUGUCUUAAUGAUUGGCAACUAAUAGAUUAUAGGCGUUAUCAAUAUUGUGGAGAUGGUUUAGUAGCUAUUUCUUCUAUGGAAUAAUGCGAUGAUGGAAAUUAUGUUAGUGGAGACGGAUGUUAUUAAUGUAAAUUCGAGUUUGUGUUCUAUAUUGCAGAUCCUGUGCUGAUAGACAUAUAGUUGUAAGUUAUCGAAAACACUUUAUCAAACUUAAAAACAACCCUCUAGUUAUAUCAUCUAACAGUAAACUUUGUGAAUAUCAUAAAAUUAUUACGCUGA